AUGUGUAUCAUCACCCGCCGAUACCGGAUCAAACAGGAAAGAGAAAGAUGCAACUCUGGAGGAGCCGGCUUUGGAUUUCAGCAUCUGUGUAACUCAUCAGAGACGUUAAACCACAAGCUGCCACGGGUUGAGAGGGAUAGUUUUGUUGUGAACGGCUUUAUUUCAAGAAGAGGAGCUGAAGAAGGCGAGAGAUACGACACAAAUCUGAAAGAUUAUAAGGAGCUCAAGGACAGACAGACGCAGGUCUACCGCUGCCCUCUACAGGUGGUUUUGCCUCCAGAAAAGGCUGAAGGAUGUGAGAGUUUUCUGCCGUCUGGAGAUGCGCUGAAGGAAACCUGCAAAGGGAAGAAACGCAUCAGUCUAGAUGAUCUGGAGUGUAACGUGUCUCUGGUUGGUGACAACAGGCAGGAGUGGGUCUUCACGCUCUACGACUUCGACAACAGCGGAAGAGUCACAAAGGAGGACAUGUCCAGUUUAAUGCACACUAUCUAUGAUGUGGUGGACACCUCCGUCAAUCACUCGUGUAACGGCAAACGAAAGACCCUGCGAGUGAAGCUGACGGUCACUCCUGAACCCGGAGCUCGCAGGAAGGACGGGACACACGCCAUGACCGACAGAGACGUGAAUCGCUUGAGUCGCAUCGAGUCGGUUUUCCCCGCGGAGGACAGACAGCAACACACACACAUCAGAGGCCAGGCUGCUGAAGCUCACCAGAGCAAUCACUACUGUGUGGACGAGAACACAGAGAGACGAAAUCAUUACCUGGAUCUGGCGGGAAUAGAGAACUACUCCUCCAGAUUUGACAGUUCCUCUCCUCCUGCGGCCCAGCAAGAGCAGCCCUCACGGUCUUCACACAACCAGAGCCGUUCCCGUUCCCACGAGCCCGAAACUCACGCUCAUCAGCGGCGGUCGCAGGUCCUCGCCGACCCCUGCGCGGCCCCGGAUCCCCGAGUGCGCGGCGGGCCCCAGUACAUCAGGUCCCCCAAGGCCACGUCCAAAGGAGGCCAGUCUGCGGCCAAAACCAGCAAGUGCCACGGCUACUAUCCGCCUGCGCCGGGCGUUUCCUUCCCAGCGGGUCAGAACGUGUACCAUCUCGCGCAGCAGAACCAGCCUCAGCCCUCGCCGGGUCCCCAACACCCUCUCCAGCACAGUCACAGCAAGAGAAUGAGAGCCAGAGCCAGAGAACAGGCCCUGUCGCCCUCCAAACACACCCAACAACAACAGCCCUCGCCAGACCGCGAGCAGAACGCCGGGUUUGUGCUUCCCGUGGUCCAGCGGCACGAACACCAUCAUCAUCACGAACACCAUCAUCAUCACCACUACCAUCACUACCAGCAGACAUGACUUCAGCAGGACUCGGGAAGCUCUGGAUGCGAGUUCAUUUUAAACCACAUUGAGAUUUCAGGCUAACUCUCGAUGCCCGUCAGGUUUGUUCCUGUUGUGCAGUUUGAAUGUCCAGUAAUUAUUUCUAUAAAAGCAUAUGUGACCCUGGAGCAC